CUUAUUUAUUGUGCAUUACCAAUGUCUGCCAAUCCAUCAUCCUUUUCUUCCCCAUACACUCCGCAUAUUCAAGAGCACCGGGGCCCUUUCCUGCAUCAUCAUCAAAACCGCUCCCUGUCAUCCACACCCUGCUCACCUCCUAAUACUGGCUCUCUCUCCGGACGAUCCGCCCGUUCAGGCGUAUGUACUCGAUCUCAGACCAAGAACAGCAGAACCUAUGGUGCUCCCUCGCGUAUCUCAAGGGGCUCCUGCCUAAGCAUCUCCUCAAAGGCCACAGACAGCUUCGUCGUUGCAGUCGUCGAGGGUCGAGGGGCAGGAGCAGAGGUCGGAAUGUGUUUCUGCGACCUCAAAACCAGCGAGGUCAUCCUUUGUCAGAUAGCAGACUCGCAGACGUAUGUCAGAACCCUGCAAAAACUGAAUCUCUACGAGCCUUCUGAGAUCCUGGUACCGAAUACAGCUAUGGAUCCUGUCAAUUCAAAGCUGGUUAAUAUUAUUAAGGAAAAUAUUCCAUCCAGUAUCAUCAUCCCAGUCGCUCGUCGUCUCUUUAACGAUUCAGUUGGGCUUCAGUACAUCAACAAGUAUAUCAUCAAGGAGGAUUCGGCGUCGUUGUUGCUUGAUAUCCCUACAAAGUAUUUUUGUUUGGCGGCAACGGCCGCGGUCAUGCACCAUAUUGAGGAAACUCGGAACGCCACCUUUCUCAACCACACUGUCCUGUUCAAAUAUCAGAUCUGUCAAGGGAGCAUGAUCGUUGACAGCGCCACCGCUAGGAAUCUCGAGCUCACAAUCAACCUAUCAAGCCGGAACGACAAAGAGACGCUGUUUGGUAUUCUGAAUGCAACCAUGACGCCCAUGGGAUCCAGGCUGCUUCGCUCUAAUAUUUUGCAGCCUCUCACGGACGAGAAAGCCAUCAACACACGUUUGGAUUGCGUUCAAGAGCUCUCCCAGGCUGAGGAUACCUUUUAUGCACUUCGAUCCUCGCUCAAGGCAAUUAAAGACGUCGAUCAUCUCAUAACGUCGUUCAUACAAGUCCCAGCUAAACUCAGUGUCAAGCAUUCCGAACAGAGCAUCAACCACAUCAUCAACCUAAAGCAUACGCUACAGUCUAUCAGGAAAGUUGCGGAAGCCAUGCACUCAUGCCAAAACCGGCUCCUGAAGACAGUCCAUCGGCUUCUGACCGAUUUCCGACUCAGAAAGUUAGGGGACCUUAUCGACAGCGUCAUCGAGCAGAACAUGGUGCAAGAAAAGACGCCAGUUGGGUUGCGCAAUCAGCGAUGUUUCGCUGUUAAGGCAGGAUGUAACGGACUGCUCGACGUUGCACGUCAAACAUACAAGGAAACCAUCAAUGACAUUUUCGAGGCCGUCAAUCGAUACGUCGAGGAGUACAACAUCAAUCUUAAAGUACAGUUCAGUAUGACGAUGGGCUACUACCUCUCGACAAGUGUGGAUCGGCUUGAGGUCGGCAUGCUCCCGCUGAUAUUUAUCAAUGUUGUCAAGAAAAACAAGAUCCUAAUCUUCACGACGCUCGAACUCAUGAAAAAAAAUGCCAAGAUAAACGAUUCCUUGACGGAGGUUUAUCUGAUGUCCGAUAAAAUAGUCAGUGAUCUUUCCAGUAGCAUUCGAUCCAAGAUCGGAGCUCUUUACAAUGCGUCAGAGGCCGUUGCCAUGAUCGACAUGCUUCUGUCCUUUGCAUAUAUCCUUACUGUGAAUAAUUAUGUCCGGCCCGAGUUCACAGACAUGAUUGUUAUCAAGCAAGGCCGACAUCCUAUCAUCGAGAAACUUUACUCUGCACCAUUCGUAGCAAAUGACACCUAUGCUAGUUCAGCCAACACUUUUCAAAUCAUUACGGGACCGAACAUGAGCGGCAAGUCAACCUAUCUAAGACAAGUAGCACUUUUAACGGUCAUGGCUCAAAUUGGCAGCUUUGUACCAGCGGAAUACGCUGCGUUUCGCAUCAUGCACCGGCUGUUUAGUAGAAUCUGCAACGAUGACAGCAUCGAACUCAAUGCGUCGACGUUCAUGAUGGAGAUGAAGGAAACUGCAUAUAUUCUACAGAACGUCAACAAGAACAGCCUCGUCGUCAUUGACGAGCUGGGCCGAGGCAAGUGCCCUGGAGUCUUGCCUGAACGCACGUCCAUCUACGAUGGCCUUGGGAUCGCAUUUGCUGUCUGCGAAGAGUUGAUUCACACGCAUGCUCUUGUGUUAUUUGCAACCCAUUUUCAUGAGCUGACCAGCAGUCUGACUGUGUAUCAUAAUGUUAUUAACCUGCAUCUGGAGACUGAGUUGAAAUGCGAUGGUCGUGAUACGUCUGGUAUCGUAUAUAAGUACUGUCUUUCAACUGGAUCUGCCGAGGAGACUCAUUAUGGACUUUCCCUGGCAAGGACACUUCAACUUUCGGAGGACAUCACCACACGUGCAGAGCAUGUGUCCAUCAAACUUACAUAUCUGCAGGAGAAUGCAUGGCACCAGUCGGAGAACAGUAAGGUGGUUGCGCGUCGACGCGCCUUGGCACAGAUCGCUCACAAUGUCGUGGUGAUUCAGCAGUGUUCGAAUGGAAUGACACAACAGGACUUGGUGCUUGCCCUCAGAGAUGCACAAGGGAAGGCCAUUUCGCAGAUGCUAGCUAUCCGUCGUUCGAGCGCAGGGCUCGGCCAUCAGUAGAUGACAGUAGAAAACAGACCACUGCAGCUGGUGCUCAUCAAUCAUUAU